AUGUUAAACUCAUAUUCCCCUUUACAAUCACCAUCAUCAUCAAUCACACUUCCACCAUUGUUUCACAUUAAUAAUAAUAAUAAUAAUAAUAAUAAUAAUAAUAAUAAUAAUGGCCACAACAAUGAUAAACAAAAUGUAAAUAAACUCGGCUUAAAAUUAAACAUAAAUGGAUACGAUUCAGGUUUCUCACCCUUUUCACCAAAUCAUAGCAUUGCCAAUAAUAAUAAUAAUAAUAAUAAUAAUAAUAAUAAUAAUAAUAAUAAUAAUAAUAAUAAUAAUAAUAAUAAUAAUAAUAAUAAUAAUAAUAAUAAUAAUAAUAAUAUACAAUCACCAAAAAAUAAUAAUAGUAAUAAUAAUAAAUUAAAUGAAAGUUGUGGAAGUUUAAAUAGUAGUAACGAUAAUAAUUUCAAUAGCGGUAAUGAUGACAAUAGUUUAAAAAGAGUAAGAGUUUUCUCAAACCAAAAUCAAAAUCAAAAUCAAAAUCAAAAUCAAAAUCAAAAUCAAAAUCAAAACCAAAACCAAAACCAAAACCAAAAUCAAAAAGAUAGUUGGAAUAUUCAUUUCGGCGAAAUUGUAAAUAUAGUAUUAGAACUCGAGUCAGUUUUAAGUUGUAAAAAUGAAAAUAUAAAUCAAAUAAAUCAAAUUAAAUCCUCUGAAAAAUCAAUGAGAUCUGCUUUAUAUAAAAAAGAAAUUGAAAUUUUAGAAUUAAAAGAUAAAUUAAAUAAUAGUAGUGCCACUUUUAAUAGUUUAAAAGUGAUCCAACCAAUUAAAUUAGAGAAAUCACCACGUACUUUAAAUAAUAGUAGUGAUUCUAUUUCUGAAAAUAUUAAUAAUAAUAAUAAUAAUAAUAAUAAUAAUAAUAAUAAUAAUAAUAAUAAUAUAAACGAAAGCAAUAUUAAUACAAGUCCAACCCAUGAAUUAAGUGGUAGUUCUGGAACUCUUGGUGGCUACUCAAAAUCUCAUAUUUUAUCAAUUUUAGAUGACUUGGAUUCUGAAUCAUCAAAUAUUAGUAGCGACUCUGAAGAUGACGAACAACCAAGAAAAGUUCCAAGAGAUUUAAAUUAUAAACCAAAUAAUAAUAUAAAUUAUGCUAACAACAACAACAACAACAACAACAACAACAACAACAACAACCACAAUAAUAAUAUUAAUAAUAAUAAUAAUAAUAACAAUAAUAAUAACAAUAAUAGCAAUAACUAUCAUCAUUCGAUUGGUAGUAUUACUAAUAGUGUGAAUAUUAAACCAAGUAAAGAUCAAACUUCCAACGAUUGGGCUGCUGCUACUGAAGCUUUAUUAAAUUUACAUACUAAUAAAAAUAAUAACAACAACAACAAUAACAACAAUAACAACAACAAUAAUUAUCAUAGCAAUAAUAAUAAUUAUUCAAAUUCUCCAAACACAACACCACCAUACCAAAAUUCAAACCAACAAUUUAAUAAUAACCAACCACAAUCACAACAACAACAACAAUCACAACAACAACAACAACAACAACAACAAUAUCAAAAUUCUAUUAAUAAGAAUAUUACUACUACUACUAAUAAUAAUAAUAAUAAUCUUACCAGUAGUAGUAAUAAUCAAGCAGUUGUUUAUGGAAACACAAGUCCAAAUCAAAGUAGUGCAAAUGGUAAUAAUGAAAAUGUAAUUGGUGUACCAUUUACUGGUAGUAUCGUAAAGAGGAAGAAGAGAGGCAAGUUACCAGGUGAAGCAACUUCAAUUUUAAAGAAAUGGCUAUUUGAACAUAAUAUGCAUCCAUAUCCAACCGAAGAAGAGAAAGUUGCAUUAGCAAAUUCAACAUUUUUAUCUUUUAAUCAAAUUAAUAAUUGGUUUACAAAUGCUAGAAGAAGAAUACUUCCAAGACAAUUGGAUAGAAAAGUUUUUGGUAGUCCUCUAUUCUCUCAUUUUUCAAUUACUAAAUAA